AAUCCUCCAAUGCUACUUUAUUGACCAAUGCAGAAAAAAUUGCUACAAUUACAACCACACAUACUCCUCAGCAAAUACCACAGGAGACCAGCAGGAACAACACCAAACCAAAGCAGGAGUCCCAGUUUGAUUUCAAACCACCCCAAGCACCACAGCAGGACCAAGACUUUUACACUGUUGAGCUGGAAAGAGGAGCCAAAGGAUUUGGCUUUAGCCUGCGAGGUGGCCGGGAGUAUAAUAUGGAUCUGUACGUGUUGCGGCUAGCUGAGGAUGGUCCCGCUGAGAGAUGUGGGAAGAUGAGGAUCGGUGAUGAAAUCUUAGAGAUCAACGGAGAAACUACCAAGAACAUGAAGCACGCUCGGGCCAUCGAACUGAUUAAAAACGGUGGCCGCAGGGUCCGCCUCUUUCUGAAACGUGGAGAUGGCUCUGUCCCAGAAUAUGACCCCAGCAGUGACAGGAACAGUCCCGCCACAGGUUCACAAAAUGUAUCGGAAAUGAAACCCGUGCCAUCCGACCGACGGCAGCACCCAUCAUCGGAGUCCAGAUAUCCACCAGACCUUCACAAAUCAUCACAACAUGGGGACAAGCGGACUUACGUUAGAGACCUAAAAGGCAGCAGAGAGUUUAGCAGACAUCCCAACGAACACCACACUUGGAAUGGGACUUCUAAAACCAACGACCACGUGCCAGGCAGGAGGACGGAGAGGUCGCCGGAGAGGAGGCACGAGAGGCAGCCGGAGAGGGCGGUGGUGAAUGGGCAGAAGAGGAGGUCUCCCGAAAAGCGGAGGGAAGGGACAAGGAGCGCUGACAACACUUUGGAGAGGCGGGAGCGGGACGAGAGGGGGGAGAGAGGCGCGGAGAGCGGGCGCCCACCCGCCGGCGGCGGUCGCUGGAGAGACUCACGGAGCCGAGGAGGUCACCCGAUCGGAGAAGAGAGAGCUCCCUCGACCGGCGGGCCAAGUCGUCUGACCGGCGGAGGGAGAGGUCGCCCGACAGACGGCUCAGGGAGGAGCGAGUCGGCCACCGGGAGAGGGAAGACCCCGGCUGGAAGCACGAGCCGAGCCGCAGGCACCCACCUGAGCAGCGCAGGCGGCCGUACAAGGAGUGCAGCACCGACCUCAGCAUCUGAGGGGCUCCUCCGGGGUCCCCGUCGCCUUCCCCACACCACGGGAGCGGAGGAGAGAGUGCGGGAGCUGAAACCAUCCAGCUUUCGCAGGCGAGGAGAUAGCCGGCACCUGCUGAUCCUACAAACCUUUUAUGCCGAUGAAAUCUUAUAACAAAAAAAAAAAAGUGUUGUGCCUGAUGUAUAAUAUUAAAGAAAGUAUUUUUCAGUGUAUUCUUUUUUUUUUUAAUUACUUGCCAAAUGUUGGUCCUAAAGGAUUAUAAAAUUUUGUUUCUACAUUCUUUGUAGAUUUCUUAAGAAUAAUUCCUUUAUUGGGCUACUUCCCCCCCUCCCCAAUAUAGUAAAUGGGGGUAGCCAGUAAUAUAAUAUAGGCAAAGGAUUUUAUGACCAAGUUUGAAUAAUUUGAUCCAGACUGUUCUCUAGUGACUCACUGCUACACUGUAUGUAGAAAAUUUUUUAAGGGUUGGGGGUGGGGAAGGAAGAAAAUUGUUCAUCUCAGUAGGAAU